UCCGUGCGGGGACAGUCCAACCAGGAAAAGAAGCCGCGGACGUCGCGGCCAAUCAGCGAGUAGGGCGGGGCAGGCGGGGCGCACCUGGCCGGAAUCGUUGGCUGAUUGGCGGCUGGUUCGACGAAGUGAAGCCAAUGAGGAGCAGGGACAAGCUGGGCGAACCUGGUAGGGGCGGGAGCUACUACGCCAACUGCGUAUGGGGUGGCGAGCGGGUAGGGCCUUCGCCGGCACCUGUGUUCACCCGUCCGGCGCCUUCUGCUGCUGACCUCGCCGGCUCCCCAACGCCUAUGGAGCCUGUGCAGGUGCCCGAUGCCGACGCCUUCCGGGCCUUCCGGGCUCAGUGCGAGGCGGAGCAAGGCUGGCAGAGCAGAUACAGCCGGGAGGGCGUCGGGGUGUGGGUGCAGCCGCCCCUGCCCUCCGGCCCCGCCGUGCACACGGUCAAGUGCUGCAUUGACAUCCAAGAUGUGCCAGCGGAGACGAUGUAUGAUGUGCUGCAUGACAUUGAGUAUCGCAGGAAGUGGGACACGAACGUCAUUGACACACAUGACAUUGCCCGGCUUGCCACCAAUGCUGAUGUGGGCUACUACUCCUGGAAAUGUCCAAAGCCCUUAAAGAACAGAGAUGUGGUGACACUGCGAUCCUGGCAGGUUGUGGAUAAAUCUUACAUGAUCAUCAACUUCUCUGUCAAACACCCGCAAUAUCCUCCCCGAAAGGACCUGGUAAGGGCUGUUUCUAUCUUGGCGGGAUACUUGGUGCAGUCAACUGGACCAAACAGCUGCACCUUGACUUACCUGGCUCAGGUGGACCCCAAAGGGAAACUGCCAAAGUGGGUUGUGAAUAAAGCUUCCCAGUACCUGGCACCAAGGAUGCUGAAGAAGAUGCAUAAGGCCUGCUUGAAAUACCCCUCCUGGAAACAGCAGCACAAUGUCAGUGUGAAGCCCUGGCUGUAUCCUGAGCAGAACGAGCUCCCCACCAUGAUGCUGUCAGACCUGGCACUCCAGCAUGCUGCCUCUCUGGAGAACAUUGAUGAGAGCAGCCUGUCGGAGGUGAAGGACGAGAGGGGAGACCACAGUGGCUCUGAGAACUGAUGCUGCUUGGUUCUCUUCCAGGAGCAACACUGCAUUAGACUCUGUUUGGACUCUUCCUGACUGUUUUACAUUAAAGGGGGGAAAUGUAUCUUUA